UGUGCCGUCUCAGCAGCAGAGGACUGAAACAGAAGCACACAAAGGAUCGUCUUAGUGUUUGUGCUUUUUGUAGUGCAAGGAAAGAAGAUUAAAAUAGUUUCUUUAUACAAAAGCAGAGGAAAAAUUGAGCCUUAAAGAAUAAAUUAAAGGUUUGAAGAUGAUGCAGGAAGAGGUGAACGAGGCGACUUCUGUUCUGAGCGUCUAUGGACAUACCGUCAAAGUUACAGAAGUCUCGCAGGACGGGGACACACUUACCUUUAUAAUCGUUUCUCAAAAGCUGUCUGGGACAGGAGAGUACCAUGUGGACCGGACCUACGAUGACUUUGAAUGGCUUCAGCAGCAUCUGUUCGCUCAGGAGGAUGUGCCCGGGAUACAAGGAGUUAUUUUCCCCCCUCUCCCAGCGAGGCCUCAGGUGAAUGCAUCUGCGAAGGCCAUGAAACAGCUCGGUUUUCUUGGUUUAGGAGAGUGGCAGCCGUACUGCAAAGCUCUGGAAACUUUCCUCAGGCAGGUUGCUGCUCACAGCAUACUCAGCAAAAACAAAGCUGUGGAGGUCUUCCUGACAAGCACUGAACCUCCAGGCAGACAGAAAGUCAGGAGAAACAUUUUCAACCGUCUGAGUCAAGCUGUGGGAGAAAUGAGGAAAGAAGGACAUAAGGACGUAGAUGAGUUUUUUCAGACGGAACGUGAUCAUAACCUCGUUCUUACUGGACAUACCAGGAUGGCGGGGGAAAAAUUCCUCGACGUGGUGCUGACUGAGCAAAAAAUAGCUGUGGCCUGUGGGCACUUUGCUGCUGCUCUGCACCUCUGUAUUGAAAACGGAGAGGAUCCAGAAAAAAGGGCUUUUUCUAGGGUUUGUGUGAAAUUGUCAGAAGUAUUCGACUCUAUAAAGAAAAACAUGAUGAGCGUCGCCGUGAAUGACAUGAACACUCUCGGACUGGGCCUGGACCUGGACUCGCGGUACCAAGAGGCAGAAAAGGAGAUGCUCUUCAGAAGAACCUGCAAACUGGUGGAGCUGGAAAACGCCCGCAAGAAUGCAGAGAAGGCCAAACCUGUGAAGAAGAACGCUAUGGAGGAGGUGAAGAAAGCAGCAGAGGGAGAGUUUGAGCAGAUCUGUAAAGUUGCAAAGCAAGAGAUUGCCCAUCUGAGUCAGGACCGGGUGGGAAUGGUGCAGAAAUGUCUGACUCAGUGGUGCGAGCAGCAGCUUCAGACAGCCAAAGAAGGUGCUGACGUUUUCAACCAGCACCUGCAAGCCUUCAAAGCGAUGGCCUAAUUGACCUCGCUGGUGCCACGACUGCCUCCAAACCCACUAUGAGUUAUAACCAGUGUGUCAUUUAAUGUCUCGUACUUGUCUGACGCAUUACUGGACAUAUGUUCUACACUGAACCUGCACUACUGCUGCCUAAAGAUCAUCUGUCGUCUCUACCUAACUUUAUCCCUUUGCCCCGUCAUGGGGUUGUGUAAAUAGACUCUACAAAUUAGCACCGAAAUCCCACAUGUAAUCGCACUACCGUCUAUAAAACUCAGAUGAAAAUGACUGCUCUGAGACUGAUUAUCUGUACGUGUGCUUUAUACAACACUGCUUGAAUGUGCUGAGAUUGUAUUGUGCUUCUUUCUAGGUGCUACAUCAGCUGUGUGUGUGUGUGUGGGGGGGGGUAACAUAAAAUAAAGUGUGAUGAAUUGAUUCCUAAAGCACCUGCUUUCCUCUCCACUCCUGGGUCAUAAAUCAGUUUAUUUGACCACUCCUGCAAGGACGUGGCUGCAAGGUCGCUUCAUCCCUACCUGCUAAAUUCCACUGCUAUUGAUAUUAGUAAAAUACCCUUUCUUUUUCUUUCUUUUUUUUUUUUUUUACAUCUGGGUCAAAAUUAAGCUGUGCUUUGCUGAAGUUUCAGCGCAUAACCUCGUAAGAGAGUGCUACCUGCUCUAGACCAAACAUUCGAGUCAGAGCGUCGCUGUGCGCUUCAUCUAACCUCCUCCAACCGGUGAGUGAGAAAAGAAGAAGCUAAUAUUUAAUGGAAUGAGUCAGCGAGAGAUUGAUGACUGCUCUCAUGUGUGGCGGUAGCAGAGGGGAUGUUUGACAAAAGUCCAAAGAAAGAACACUGAGAGCAGGGAAACAGGUUGAUGCUGUAUUUAAAUCACCUAUAGAUCUCAUUUAGUGGCUGAUGCUGCAGUAGUAAGAGUUUGUGAAAGGUGACCUCAGUCUUUGUUCGUAACAUUCGUUAGCAGCAAUUAUUUACUAUGACAUGCAGAUUGAUGUGAUUCUAUAUUUACUCAACAUGAAUCUUUGUGAAGUCUUUUUUUUUUAAUCCUACUUUCAGAAUGCAACAUGAGCAGCACUGACAUGAAAAAACAAACAAUAAGCGCUGCUGCACAGUUCGGGAACAAGAUUUGAAGCCUACUGUGGGACAAACUAAUGUCAUUGUUUUGUAUUGUUACAAUAUGCUGUGAAAAAUUCCCGAAAAUAAGAGCGGGUAUGCUGUGAUUCCAUAAUUGGCUGCUGGUUUUUUUUUUUUUUUUUUGGCUAUAGUGACUUGUAGUUUUAUUACUUUUUAAUAUAAACCGCUGUGCUUGUAAUGAACUUGUAAUAUUAUCUGCAAGUCGGGGAAAGCUAUUUGAGUUUCUUAAGCCCAAAUAAUUCCUAACAUAUUAGAUUAAAGCCUUGGAAAAACUUGGCGUUAUAAAUAACAGUGGGUUGUAAAAAAUAUUCAUACCCAACAAACGACAACCAGAAGCUGACAAUGAGAAGUAUUUUAUUAUUUAAAAAUGGAAGAAAAAUGAUGCAUAUUUUUUUUUGUUUUUACUUUUUUAAUGUGCAUCUGUGCUUGUGGUUUAUCUAUAAAGUUGUUUGAAAUUGAGUUUUAUAAAUAAUUAUAAGAAUAAUAUUUCAAAACCCUAAAAAAAAAAGUAAGGAGACGUUUGCUUGUGAGAAAUUAAAUGCUGCCGAUAACACACAA